AUGUCUGCGGAACAGCACGAGCAAGGCAGCCAUGCCGUCGUUCCCAAUUCGAAAAAUGACAGUAUCUUGGUCGGGAUGCGCGAUGGAGUGAGUGGUGAGUUCCGCCUUGUGCCAAGGGCAGAGGCGUCGGUCUCGGUCUUCGACUCGAACUUUCUUGUCGGUGAUGGUAUCUGGGAGGGUAUUCGUGCCAACAACGGAAGGGUGCAGUUUGCCCGUGAACAUAUCAACCGCCUCUUCCAGUCAGCCAAGGCCAUGUUCAUGGACUUGGGCCUCAGCAAGGGUGCCCUUUUGAACCUCAUCCACCAGACUCUUGAUGCGAAUUCCAUGCAGGAUGAACCUCAUGUUCAUCUACGCCUCGUGGUCAGUCGCGGUUUAAAAGCAACACCGUACCAAAAUCCUAAGAUCAACAUUGGGCUGCCACUCAUCGUGAUCAUCCCUGAGGUCAAGGCCGUUGCGUCAUCGGCCAAGGACAAGGGACUUCGACUAGGAACCACAUGGGUACGACGUGGUCCUCCCGACGUGAAGGACGAGCAGUGGAACCACAUCUCCAAGGCGACCGACGUGCAAGCCUGCAUCCACGCCAACUUUAUGAACGUAGACGAGGCGUUGAUGCUGGACUUGCGAGGGUUCGUCAAGACGGGCAACUCUGUCAACUUCUUCAUUGUGCGCGGAGACGAAGUGUGGGCACCUACCAAGGACAACCAGAUGCAAGGCAUCACGAGGCAGAAGACCAUUGACGUGUGCCGUGCCAACGGUAUCAAAGUGCGGGAGCUUGACUUUGCUCUGACCGAGGUGUACGGAGCGGACGAGGCUUUCUGCACAGGCACUUUCCCCUCGCAGAUUCAUGUCACGGAGGUCGAUGGUAGGACAAUUGGCACUGGCAAGAGGGGACCGGUCACGGAGAAGAUACAGAAAUUGUAUACGGAAAAGGUCAAGGCGGAUGUCGAACGACCACGAUCUGAGAUCCAGGCUGAGGUCGAGGCAUCGAGGGAGUUGAGUUUCCUCGCCAAGCUGUAG